AUGUCAAUGCACGACUCAUCUGCAUUGCCAUUUCUCCCUAAGCACUCACUGACCACAUCUCUGAAAUCAAUUCCAUUGCUCCGACAUAGGCUUCUUCUCCAUAUACUGAAUCACAACCGGCGCGUGCCUCAGCACAUUCUUAACAUUAACAUCCUUCCCCCAAGCACACUCCUGAAUUCUAACACCCCCAACUCCAUUCAACUCGGCCACAAGAACCAAUAUCGCCGCCUGUCUUCAAGAACCGGUGGGGCCAGAAGCGUCGCCGUAGACAUCGACGUAGUUGUCGUAGUCUUGGAGGUGGCCGCAGGUGGAGCAGUAGAGGUGGCCGGAGACGUCGUCGGGGGUGAAGGAGGUGGAGUGGCAGGAGACGCAGGGAUUUUGUGGAAUUCGUCGGUCUUCUUCCAACAAGACGACGGCUCCCUCCACAUCGGCACCACUGUCUGGCCCUGCUCCUUGGUCCUCAUCAAGUUCGCCAAGGGUUGGGCCCCGCCCAUCACCCACCCCCAAAACCCCUACUCCGACCUCCUCGACUUCCGCACCAAACGCGUCGUCGAGCUUGACGCCGGAUGCAGAGUCGCCGCCAUGGGGCUCUACCUCCUCCUCGGCCUCACCGUCGUCCUCAUCACCGACAUCCCCGCCGUGAUGCUAGCGCUGAAGCGGAACCUCAAGCGCAACAAGCUCUUCCUCGGCAAGAACCUCAAGCACGUGAUUCUCCACUGGAACAAGGCCGACCAGAUUGCAGCUCUGAACCCUUUGUAUGACGUCGUUGUGGCAACCAACGUGGUUUACAUCGAGGAGAUAGUGGGCCAACUGAUCUCGACCAUGGAGGCGAUGGUGAAGGACGACAUACUUGUUUUGAUGUUAAGUAAAAUCAGUUACUUAUUGUGA